GAGGAAAGCGGCGCACAAUUCGUUGAAGAGUCUGCCAGCCAACAAUGGUCAAAGUUGCUCUCGCAGGAGGCACAGGCGGCCUUGGUCGUGAAGUCAUCGAUGCUCUACUUGCCAAGAAUCGACACGAAAUCAUCGUUCUGACCCGCCAGGACCCGGCACAAGUGACUUUGCCGGAUGGCGUUCAGGCCGUCCAACUGGACUACAAGGAGAAGAGCUCAAUUGUUGGUGCACUUAGCGGUGUAUUUUGCGUAUUUUCCUUCAUCAUUACGGGAAAGGACCCUGGAAAUGUCGCGCAAAAGAACUUGAUUGAUGCUUGCGUUGAAGCCAAGGUCAAACGAUUUGCACCCAGCGAGUGGGUCGGGGCCUCGUCGACAGGAACUCCGUGGUACGCAGGGAAGGCAGCAAUCUCCGCAUAUCUACAAGAGAUCAAUGCCGAAAGAAAGGUCCUCGAAUACUGCCGGUUCAUGCCGGGCCUUGCCCUAGACUACCUCGUGUACCCGAACCAGACCUGCAAGCACUUCCCGAAUCUUGGGUCUACAGUAGAUUUCUUCAACUGUCGUGCGAUCUUGCUCAAGGACACGGAGCCUGGCCGCUUCGGCAUGACUCUGGUGGAAGACAUGGCCGCCGUGGCAGCUGAAGCUGUGGACUACCCCGGAGAGUGGCCUGUAGACGGCGGCAUGCACUCCAUCAUGACAUCCUUUCCCGAGCUGGUUGAGAUUGGCGAACGGCUGAGAGGCAAGAAAUUCGACAUUGAGUACGUCACGUUGGCGCAGGCACGAUCUGGUCGGCUCCCGACAUCUUGGGUUGCCGACUUCAAUCACGCUGCCAUACCGGAGCAAUUGAGAGAUUCUUGGAGCCGCACUUUCAAUGCGAAGAUGAUGUACUCUGUCCACUUGGGUAACUACGCUGUUUCUGACACGUGGAAUCGUCUCUUGCCGGAUUUUCGUUUCACCACUUUAGAGGAGUUGCUGGAGAAGUACUACUAGGCUGGAAAUUCGUGGAAAGCCUCAAUGACAACUGCGAAGUUGAGAAGCAAAAUCCAAGCUCCAUCAAAUCCCCAUCUCGCCAUCCUUCUGCAUCCGUCUCGUCUCCGUCGCCAGCAAGCCUUCGUCCCAAAGUUCCGCAUACCUCAUUCCCGAGGAAGAUGAAAUGGCUCGAGAGAGCAUUGCUUAUGACCAAGGACACCGAGUACGAAGUCGUGAGUCCCUGGCCUUCAUAUCAGCGAUGAUGUUCAGGAGCGACGGACGCGAUUGUGUGACGGACCUGCGGCGUCUGCCGUCUAACAGCAAUAGCAGUCCGGAUCACGAACGCAGUGGUUGGUGCUACCUCCGCCCGAUCCUGGGCAGCAUCUGCGAACGGGAGCAGGUGCAGGUGC